CUCAUUAAUUCUCGGCCACAGCCACUCGAAUCUGAGCUUCGACUCACCUCUUCGGUUCUUCUGCAAUCAUGGCAGAAGAAGAAGGGGAGAAGGAAGUGACGCUUCUGGGAACAUGGUCGAGCCCCUUCGUUCUCAGAGUCAAAUGGGCCCUCAGAAUCAAGGGAGUCGAGUACACCUACGUCGAAGAAGACCUCCGCAACAAGAGCCCUCAGCUGUUGCAGUACAAUCCCGUCCACAAGAAGGUGCCGGUGCUGGUGCACAGGGGAAGAGCCAUCGCAGAGUCCUCUGUCAUCCUCCACUACAUCGACGAAGCUUGGCCGCACCACCCCUUGCUGCCCCACCACCCCUACGAGAAGGCCAUGGCACGCUUCUGGUGCAAAUUCGAGGACGACAAGUUAUCGCCUCCGCUGUGGCGCGUUUUGACCACACAAGCAGAGGAGCAGAGGGAAGCGCACGCGUCGGCGAUCGAGAGCCUCGGGCUAUUGGAGAAUGAACUCGAAGGGAAGAAAUUCUUCGGAGGGCAAACUAUUGGUCUCGUGGACGUUUGGUUCGGUGCCCUGGCGUACAUAAUUCCGAUUUAUGAGGAGAUCACUGGAUUGAAGCUGGUGGAGCAGAGAAAGCUUCCACGGCUCUGCAGAUGGAUGGAGGAGUUCUUGAGCUCGCCGGCGGUGGAAGGCACUUUGCCACCGAAGGAUAUGUUGCUGCCCAGGUAUGCUGCGAUGCGCGAAGCAUUCUUGGCGAAAGCGAAACGACCUGAGCAGCAGUGAUUCUGAUUCAGUUAAAUCUUUGCUGUUCUUGCGGAGGACGGAUCCUCUUGUCUGUAAAUUCGGAGGACGGAUCCUCUUGUCUGUAAAUUGGAUGGUCUAUUUUUUUAGACCCUGAUUUGGAAGGACCCCAUCUAUUUAAAGAUGAAGUUUAUCUAAAUCAAGGGUUCUUAUGUAAUGGACCAUCUCUAAUCCAUAAUUUACAGAUCAGAGGAUCCCUACUGAUUCGUACAAGUACCAAAAAAUCUUUUCCUUUCUAAUAUAUUUUAUUUUGAGAAA